AUGAGGUCACAGAGCCCGUCGUUAUCAGCCGCCUUCUCAUGCAGCGCAUGUUCUCGGCAGUUCCUGCGCCAGGACCAUCUCAAGCGCUACAGUCAAACCCACCUCCGGGAGAAGUCCGUCAAGUGCAGCUACUGCGACAAGGUGUUCUCCCGCAAGCGAGAAUCUCUUUUCCUAAUCAUCAUGUCCUUCUCGAACCUUCUUGCUGCACCGGUCCGCCUGCGCCGGACAUGCUCGAGCUAUGUAGCCUCCCGAAUCGAAUUCUCGGUGCGGUAA